AUGAAAAAGAUUAAUGAUAAUAAGAGUUCUGGCGGAAGAGUUGAAUUAGAAGUGAAUGAUGUUAAUGAGAAAUUAGCCGAAAAAGCAGACAAAAAUGAGCUUUUAGCUCUGAGUGAUAAAGUCAAGAACCACGUUCAUUAUAUAACUUCAGACGAACAGAUUAUAACGGACUACCAUGGAUAUUUAACACGAAGUGAUGAAGUGAAGACGGAAGACCCCAAUGAAAGAAGAUAUAAAUACAUUCGUGCUAAAGGUUAUGACAUAAGCUGUACUGUACAGUAUGACACGGGUAAAGCACCAGAAGCAUUUAGUUAUAACGAUGAAAUUUAUGCCUCUACUUUCUCUGUUAAAGGUGUAUUAGUUGAACCAAGAUUUACUUUGAGAGUUAAGUCAAAAAUAACGUUUGAAGAUGCUAUUAAAAGUAAAGCUGACAAAGAUGAACUUGACGCAACCAACAAAGUUUUGAAAUCUCAUAAACACAAUAUCUCCGAUAUAAAUGAACUUCAAGCUACAUUAAAUAGUAAAGCUGACAAGAACCAUACACAUGAAUCCUUCACUACUGUUAGAGCAGACGACAUAAUAUUGAACUAUACCCUUGGUUCAAGUGCACCUUUAGAGAAUCCAAGUACAAGCGUAAAAGAUACACUAAACUCCUUAAAUAGUAAAUGUAUGAACAUUGAAGGUCAUGUCAGAAACUUUGAAACACAUGAACUACCAGCAAUGUUAGAUAAAAAAGCAGAUAAAGAACAUACACAUAACUCCUUCUCAACUGUUGCUAUAGAAAGUGUUGAAGGAACGGUUGGCGGAACUGGUGGGGAUGCAUUAUAUUAUAAACCUCCUAACUUUCCACAAGGUUUAACAUCGAAUGAAAACAUAACAACGAAGAAAGAAAUUAGCUGUAAAAAUGUUUAUGUCAUGGAUGAUGAAAAUAAUGUUAAAUUCACUGCUCAAGAUUUAUAUGAUAAGAAAGCAGACAAAACAGAGCUUCAAACAUUAAAGACUGAAAUACUUCAAACAUUAUAUCCUAUAGGCUCUAUUUAUACGUCGAUGAAUUCAACAAAUCCAGAAACAGUUUUAGGUUUUGGUACGUGGAAGCAGAUUGUAGAUAAAUUCUUAUACUGUGCUAGAUAUUCAAAGCAAACAGGAGGUUCGAAGAAAAUUAAAGAAGCAAACUUACCCCCACACACUCAUACAGGAACUACAAACUUUUCUGGCGACCAUAGCCACUCAUUAAGAGACCACCCAUUAUACAACUCAGACUAUGAAGCUGGCAAUGACGUUUUAUCUCCAUCUUAUAACAAUUCAGCAAAAAAGAUUUUUCGACAAACUGAACCGGGAGGAAAUCAUUCACACACUUUCACAACAAAUCCAACAGGCUCGGGUGCAGAUUAUAUGCCACCAUUUGUGACUAUAUUCGCAUGGUACCGCGUUCAAUGA